UAUAUUGUAAGCCAAAUUUCAUCACUCAUCCUUCUUCCUUAGACAACAGCUCAUAUUUAAAGCCUUCAAAGUUCAUACGUAUUUCUUUCCCAAAGAUAAAUUCUUGAUAUUAUUGAAGUAUAAGUACCUAAAUGAGAUCAACAAGAUUCCAACAAUAGCUAGCUUUUUAGUUUUUGGUCAUGGAAGGUGUGCUACAAAAAGAUCCAUUUUUUCAUAAGCAAGACAAUUCCAGGCAUUCGAUAAAAUUGAAACACUGUAGAGAAGACUCUGCAGGAAAUUCAGCUGAGAGUCCUUUAACUGGCGAUGAAGUAGCCGAAGUUAGCAUGUCAUCACCUAGAAAAUUCAGUAAAAGAGGAGCAAAGAAAAGAGUAAUAUCAGUGCCAAUUAGGGACUGUGAUGGAUCAAGAAGUAAUUACAAAGGGGAAGUUUAUCCUCCAUCUGAUUCUUGGUCUUGGAGGAAGUAUGGCCAAAAGCCAAUUAAAGGAUCACUUUAUCCCAGAGGAUAUUAUCGAUGUAGUAGCUCAAAAGGUUGUCCAGCGAAAAAACAAGUAGACCGUAGCCACCAUGACCCCACCGUGCUCCUUAUCACCUAUUCCUCCGACCACAACCACCCUCUUCUGGCGGCCGCCACCAAACGCCGCCACCCCACCACCACUUCUGCCGCCACUGCAACCACUCCAGAAGAUCAAUCAGCCAUCUUCACCUACCAACAUGACGACAACUUCCUAGAGAUUAAUGCUGGAGAGUUGGGUUGGUUCUCCAAUGUGGGGUCCACAUUGAUGGAGAACACGUCGUCGCUGGUGGGGUCCACUUGGGUUGAUGAUGAUAUGGCACUAAUGUUGCCGAUUGGCGAGGAGGACCAAUCAUUAUUUGGUGAUCUCGAUGAGUUACCGGAAUGUUCGGUGGUUUUUCGACGGUAUAGGGUGGAGUCGCUGAUACACUCGGAGAAAAGGUUACAAUAACAAGCCCCUCCCCGACCAAAGACUCAAGGGCAAGGAGGCGGCGAUCAGCCAUCCACUCUCAAGAUUCAUAUUGAUCAAUAGAUCAUCGCGUCCUGCCAGUUUGCUGGGUGAGAAAUGGUUCUCUUUUGCCAAUAAACUUUCUCCGACCUUCCAUUAACCUUACUCAUAAAGGAUCUUAUGAUCGGAAGAACUAUCUAACUAAAGAAAAAUAAUGCUUUUUCACGUAGCC